AACAUUCGCCCAUGAACAAAACCCAAACCUGUACCACCUUUGCCCACAUAAACGCAAUCUUGUUUAUAGUUGUCUCUAUUUGUCAAUUAUAAACCUGAAGCUGAGUCGACUCGACAAGAAAUAAACAUUGACAAUGCAAUUUUUUUAUCGGGAACAGCCAAACGCCAAACAAACGUAAAUCGACCCACUUAAAGGAGGUUAGUGAAUGUAAUCCAUGAAAAUGUCAACACCAUAUGCUUAUUAAAGGAGGAAUGGCUGGAAUCGAAAUAGUUGGCCCAGUUGUCUACCCCAUCUAGAAUUCUAGACACAUAACAUAAAAGAAUGAGAUCACUUCAACUAUAAAAAAACAAAACAAGGUGGCAGAAACCAGCUCCGUUUGUGCGUGAUUCUAACAUAAAAUUAAGGUCCCGUUCCAGCCAUCGGAACCCCGGGAGUUUUGCUAAGGAUGACAUCACCUGACUGAAGUGAACUUUUAUUAUUGAAUGUACAAAUUUACUGAUUGACACGUACGCUCUAAAAGUCUGUGGUAUAAAAGUGUACCAACAUCCGUCCAGAAAAACAAAUCAGCCCUUGACACCAAGAGCUGACCACCUUCGUCUGCUACAACACCCACGAUUUCACUGCAAUGUUUUCUUUGGUAAUUUUAGGCGCUUGUUUGGCACUAGUUGCUCCUCAAAACAGCCCAUCAGAAGAUGUUUGCAGUUUGAAUCGUGAAGUUGGAAAAUGCAGGGCAUCAAUUCAAGCAUGGUAUUUCGAUAAAGCGAGUGGCGAAUGCAAAAGCUUUAAUUACAGUGGCUGCAGCGGCAACGCAAAUAAUUUCAAUUCGAAAGAGGCAUGCGAUAAACGUUGCGCAACAACCACAAACUCGUGUAAUUUGAAAAUGGACCGCGGAAAAUGUAGACAAUCACUGGCUGCUUGGUACUUCGACGCAGCUAGUGGCCAGUGUAAACCUUUCACCUACGGGGGAUGUGGAGGAAAUGCCAACAACUUCGACUCGCAAAAGAAGUGCGAAAGCAAAUGUGCCCCACCUACAACGAAAGUCUCCCCCCAGCAAUCGGACGAACAGGAUAACGCACUGGCAGAAAUAGCACAGCCAUUACUAGACGGCCUGGAUAGAAUUGUCCAGUACAUUAAACUGCUACAAGAACAUAUGCGAAGCAAACUCAACAACGAGUCGGUCGUCGUUGAUGCUGCCUAAACAAUAGUGUUGCUGCGAACACUGAAUGCUAUCAACUCUUACACGGAUUUUCUACCCCAUUGACGGAAUAAAAACUAAAUAAACUGUUGCAAAAGUCUA